AUGGGGGAUAAAGAAAACCCUAAUACGAUCGAUAUUCCUACGGAUCUACUGAUAGAGAUACUUUUGAGACUUGCCCUGAAAUCUCUUGUUAAACUUAAAACUGUGUCAAAGGAAUGGAGAUCAAUACUCGAUUCAAAGAGUUUCGGGGACAUGUAUCUGAGUUUCCAAAAAUCUGGGAAGAAUUGCCGGAAAAUCCUAGCCGCUUGCCACUGCGAUUGCGGCGGCCCGCCGAGUCUCCUCCCCGGGUCAGGAUUCAAAGGAAACGAAGAGAUUGUCAGUUUGCACUGCGACGUCACACGACCGUCGAUGAGUUGCGACGGUUUGGUCUGCUUGCCGGAACCAGGUUGGGUCAACGUCGUGAACCCCGCGACUGGACAACUCCGGAGAUUCGCGUCCGGACCAGAUCCCGUGUCCUCUCUCUUGAUACCACCUCACAAGGACAUAUUUUUGACCGGCCACUGGUCGACAUAUUUUCCGGGAUACUGGGCGAUGGGAUUCGGCAGAGACAAAGUUAGAGGGAGCUACAAAGUGGUGAGGAUGUUCUUUGAUCCAAGCCAUAGUGAGAUUCUUGAUGUUAACAUUGGGGAAUGGCGGAAACUGAGUCCACCUCCUUACCCGGUUCACGUCGGAAGGAAAUCGGUUUGUGUGAAUGGAUCAAUCUAUUGGUUUGAAAUUGGGUCUAGGUGCAAGAUACUAGCCUUGGAUCUCCACACACAAGAGUUCCAUAAUGUCGCAAUGCCAGCUCCUUUUAGAUAUAAGAUGGACACUCAGAUAGUGAACCUUGAGGACAGUCUAGCUUUAGUCACAUCCGGAGUGAACAAAAACCUUGAAUGGCAGCUAGAGAUUUUGAGCAUGGAUGCACAAAAGGAAAGUUGGAGCCUGAUGUAUUUAAUAAGCUUAGCGGAUCUACAUAUUAGGCUGUUGGAGGCUAGAUGGUUCACGCCGGUGACAGUUUCUAAGCAGGGGAAUCUUUUGAUCUAUGACAACAAGAGGAGGCUGUACAAAUAUUAUCCUCGUACAAAUAUAGUCCGUCGGAUCUCGCCACAUACUUGCAUUGUAUUAUCUCCUUAUCUCGAAACUCUGUUCCAGCUUCAGACUGAUCAACUCGAUUUAAGGACUGGACGAACAAUAUGCAUCUCCAAGGUUUGGAUUGCUUCAGCUCAAGUUAUAUCAUCACUUCGAUCAAGAGUUGACAAGUUUCUUUGUAGGGGAAAAGCUUACAGUCAGGACUAUACUCUUCAAAUUUGUGAUUUCGAUGUUAUUAUCGCUCCUGAUUGUUGGAGUUUUAAUACUCGUGGGCGUGGCGAUGGGAGCCUUCAGUCGUCGCCUACUCCCUAUGGUGUGAAUCGUCCUCUUCAGGAUUUGACAGUGAAUGCAUUUCUCUUCUUCUAUCCCACAUAA